UACAGUACAAUGUGCAGUUCAUUUAUGUGAUUCUUGUCUAUAUAUCACCACCAACUGAAGAACUGCAGUACAUUAGAUUUCUGUCAUAAAAGCAGAAAUGGAGGCCUACGCUGAGCUUUUAGCGACAGAGAGGUACGGCAGUGGCGAGCCGUGGCAGUAUGUUGCAAAGGAUGGAAGCAUGGAGAGGAGAAGGGAUAGCAGAGAAGCUGAAUCGAGGGGGAACACAUUCAUUACUGUUUUUAAAAGCGUUUUCCUGCCACAAGGCUAUCCGGACAGUGUGAGUGGAGACUACUUGCAGUAUCAGUUUUGGGAUACUCUGCAGGCCUUCUCCAGCUCUCUAUCAGGAACACUUGCCACGCAGGCAUCACUCAAGGGUGUUGGCGUGGGAAACCAGGAAGCCACGGUUGCUGCGGCCACAGUCACUUGGCUGCUAAGAGAUGGAACCAGCAUGUUGGGGAGGAUCGUGUUCGCCUGGCUUAAAGGGAACAAGCUGGACUCUGAGGCCAAAAAAUGGAGGCUUUUUGCCGACAUUCUGAACGAUAUCGCCAUGUUCAUGGAAAUACUUGCCCCAUUCUACCCUGCCUGCUUCACCUUGAUUGUGUGCACGUCAGGGAUAUUCAAGUCUGUGGUGGGCGUGGCAGGAGGAGCCACCAGAGCCGCUUUAACAGUCCAUCAAGCUCGCAGAGACAACAUGGCUGACAUCUCUGCCAAAGAUGGCAGUCAGGAGACUUUGGUGAAUCUGGCUGGACUUCUGGUUAGUUUGAUCCUUAUUCCGCUUGUCACUGACAACCCAGCACUGACCCUCACCCUGUUCUUCCUCUUCACCGCCCUCCACCUUUUCGCCAACUUCAAGGCAGUGCGUUCGGUGGUCAUGGAAACGCUGAACGAAGCGCGGCUCGCUAUCCUGCUACGCCACUUUCUGCGUGAUGGACAUGUCCUUACACCACUGGAAGCCAAUCGGGAGGAACCAGUAUUUUUGGAGUUUAGGAAAACAUUGCCCAUCAAACUUGGUGUGAGGCUUCAGGAAGUUGUCCAAAGACCAGAGGAGUUACGGUUGGCAAUGAGAAAGGAUGCACCCUUCUUACUGGGCGUCACAAAUGGUUGCGUAAGAGUAUGUUUGGCAAGUCACGCGCACACGCGAGAUGAAAUUAAAGCGAUGUGUCAAGCCAUUUGGCUAAGUGAUAUGUUGAAUCCUUCAAGACAGCAUCAUGGUUUAAAGGAAAUGCUGCAAAAAAGUUACAAGCUGAUGGAUGUUGAGUUUGAUCGAUUUCUUAAAGGUGUGGAAGCAGCAGGAUGGGAUGCGACGAGAACACUGCUGGACUGGGAUGAGUGGAGGCUUGAGUGGAAUCCAAAAAUCAGAUGAAAACAACUACAAGUACUAAAAUGUGUGUCAGAGAAAUUAAGUAAAUCUCAGAUACUGUAAUUGAACUGGACAUCAUUCUUUACAGUUGUCUUUUUAUUUGAGUGCAAGAAUAAAUGUUGUUUUUAAUUUGUGUGAUAGUCAGUUAUUAGAAAAUGGAAGACAUACAAGACCACUGAUAAUCUCCCUCGAUCUGGGGCUCCAUGCAAGAUCUCACCCUGUGGUACAGAGAGCUGGGACCACAGUAACAAAGGCUACUAUCAGUAACACAAUGCGCCACCAGGGACUCAAAUCCUGCACUGCCAGACGUGUCCCCCUGCUAAAGAAAGUACACGUCCAGGCCCGUCUGCUGUUCGCUAGAGAGGAUUUGGAUGAUCCAGAAGAGGACUGUGAGAAUGUGUUAUGGUCAGAUGAAACCAAAAUAGAACUUUUAGGAAGAAACACAGGUUCUCGUGUUUGGAGGAAAAAGAAUACUGAAUUGCAUCCGAAGAACACCAUACCCACUGUGAAGCAUGGGAGUGGAAACAUCAUGCUUUGGGGCUGUUUUUCUGCAAAGGGACCUGGACAACUGAUCUGUGUAAAGGAAAGAAUGAAUGGGGCCAUGUAUCGAGAGAUUUUGAGUGAAAAUCUCCUUCCAUCAGCAAGGACAUUGAAGAUGAGACGUGGCUGGGUCUUUCAGCAUGACAAUGAUCCCAAACACACAGCCAGGGCAAAAAAGGAGUGGUUUCGUAAGAAGCAUUUCAAGGUCAUGGAGUGGCCUAGCUAUUCUCCAGAUCUCAACCCCAUAGAAAAUCUGUGGAGGGAGUUGAAAGUCCGUGUUGCCCAAUGACAGCCCCAAAACAUCACUACUGUAGAGGAGAUUUGCAUGGAGGAAUGGGCCAAAAUACCAGCAACAGUGUGUGAAAAGCUUGUGAAGAGUUACAGAAAACGUUUGGCCUUCAUUAUUGCCAACAAAGGGUACAUAACAAAGUAUUGAGAAUUGAG